AGCUAAUCGAGGACACACGUUUUUAAGGGUGCGAUAUUUGUGCUGCGCAAUAUUAAAAAUUUCAAGAACCACUCUGGACGCAAGUCAUGACGUCCAGAGGUGGUGAGAAAGUUUUGAGCUUGAAAUUCAAUCAGGAUCACAGCUGUUUUACUUGCUGCACUGAUGCUGGUGUACGUAUAUACAACGUCGAACCCCUUACAGAGAAAGCACAUUAUGACACCUCUGAAAUGGGCACCAUCCUCCAUUGUGAGAUGUUACACAGGACAAAUUUGAUUGCUGUGGUUGGUGGUGGUCCACGUCCAAAGUUUGCAGACAACACAAUAUUGAUCUACGAUGAUGUGCUGAAAAAGUUUGUCCUUGACUACACUUUCACUCAACCAGUUGUAGCUGUUCGCCUUAAAAGAGACAGAUUGAUAGCAGUACUAAGGAGGCAAAUCCAUGUAUUUUCUUUUCCAAAUAACUCAAAAAAACUUUUCACCCUGGAAACAAGGGACAAUCCAAAGGGACUUUGUCAAAUAAACUCUCUAAUAUCGUCAGAAAAACAGUUGCUAAUAUGUCUGGGUCAUAAACUAGGAAGUAUUCAACUAGUGGAUCUGUCAGUCACUGAGUUAGGUAUUUCUAGUGCCCCUCAAACUAUUAGUGCUCAUCAAGGGGAAGUGGCCUGCUUAGCUUUGAAUUCGCAAGGCACUUUGGUUGCCACUGCAUCGGACAAGGGUACUCUUAUUCGCGUGUGGGAUACAAUGAAACGAACCCUUUUAGUCGAACUCAGACGCGGAUCGGACCCUGCCACUUUGUAUUGUAUUAAUUUUAGCCCUGAUUCCGAAUUUCUCUGUUGUUCCAGCGACAAAGGAACAAUUCAUAUAUUUGCCCUCAAAGAAACGCAUCUUAAUCGCCGUUCUUCGUUAAAGAAAAUGAGCUUCCUAGGAAACUACAUUGAAUCGCAGUGGGCUCUAGCCAAUUUCACGGUGCCACCCGAAUGCGCAUGCAUUUGCGCAUUUGGCAGCAAUAAAUCCAGCGUCGUAGCCAUCUGUAUGGACGGCACGUUCCAUAAAUACGUUUUUACACCAACUGGAAACUGCAAUCGCGAGUCCUUCGAUGUGUACCUGGAUGUGUGUGAGGAUGAUGAUUUCUGAAACCAUAUUCAGGGAAGGAAACGAUCAAUGCAUGUAUACUUUCAGGUGUUUUAAUGUUUCAUACACAAAGGGUUUUUCUAUACAUACAAC